CCUUCCCCUCCCUCUGGCUCCAGCCUUCCCGGAGGCUGGGAAUCCAGGACUGCAACUGGCCGCCCGGGCUCCCGCCGCCCUCCGUCACCGCGUCCACUUCCGUCCCGGAAGGAGGCGCCUCCCCCUCGGCUUGCCCCUGACCGUCUCCGCUGGGUCCUGUGGGGCUGCAGAGCUGCCCGCUCCUGUCCGGCCUCCUCCGCGCGUAAGGACAGCGUCCUUCAGGCAGUUGGACGAGGUACGUGCGCUUCGCGUGCCCAGGAAUGCGCUGCAGGUCCUCUCUGCUCUAACUUGCGCGUGCGUUUGCUUCAGGCAAAGAAGGUCUUUGCCAUGUGCACAGCCCGACUUAAACAUCUCCAAUGGCUAACGAAGCUCAUCCUUGUCCGUGUGACAUUGGCCAUAGAAUAGAGUAUGGAGGGCUGGGGCACGAGGUUCAAGUCCAGCACAUCAAGGCUUAUCUCACCAGAUCCCCCGUUGAUGCGGGCAAAGCUGUGAUUGUCAUCCAAGAUAUAUACGGCUGGCAAUUGCCCAAUACCAGAUACAUGGCUGACAUGAUUGCAGGAAAUGGAUACACAACCAUUGUUCCAGACUUCUUUGUAGGGCAGGAGCCAUGGCACCCCUCAGGGGACUGGUCCACCUUCCCCGAGUGGUUGAAGACGAGAGAUGCCAGAAAGAUUGACAAAGAGGUGGAUGCGGUCUUGAAGUAUCUGAAACAACAGUGUCACGCCAAGAAAAUAGGCGUCGUGGGAUUCUGCUGGGGCGGGAUUGCUGUCCAUCACCUGAUGAUGAAGCACCCGGAGUUCAGGGCAGGGGUGUCCGUUUACGGCAUCAUCAAAGACUCUGAAGACGUGUACAAUUUAAAGAACCCCACAUUGUUCAUUUUUGCAGAAAACGAUGUUGUGAUUCCUCUUGAGCAGGUCUCUUUGCUGACUCAGAGGUUGAAAGAACACUGCAAAGUGGAAUAUCAAAUUAAAACAUUUUCCGGGCAAACGCAUGGGUUCGUGCAUCGCAAGAGAGAAGAUUGUUCGCCUGAAGACAAGCCCUAUGUUGACGAAGCAAGAAGGAACUUACUCGAGUGGCUGAACAAGUACAUGUAGCCAUGGCCAAGGGCAAACUUUUGCUCAAAAUAGCUCUCAUCCAGAAAUUUGCUUUGAAAUACUUAGAUCAUUUGAUUUCAUUUUCACUUUAUAGAAAAUCAAUCAAGGAAUCCUGAAAUUCAUCUGGAACACAAAUUCAGUAGGAAAAGUUAAUGUAUGAAAUACUUUAGUUUUUAACAUAUGCGUAAAUAAAA